UUGGUUCGAUGGAGUCCGUCAAUCUCCUUGCGACAUUUUUUCUCCGAACAAAAAAGAUCUAUUGAGCCCUAGAAGUUUAUACGCAAACGGUGUGGACUCCUGAUAACUCAACAAGACUUGUGAUUUAACGGGUUAAAGGCGCUGGGAUUUUACACAUCUGUUUGGACCGUGUCUACUUCUUUCAUUUUGAUACGAAGAAACUAUUGAGACGAAUAGCCUACAUCGCUCCACGAUACUGACGUUGUUUUACACAAAACAAAGGAAAAUGACUCACUUUAACAAGGGACCAGCCUAUGGGUUAUCUGCAGAAGUGAAAAGCAAGAUUGCGCAGAAAUAUGAUGUGCAGAAGGAGGAGGAGCUACGCGUCUGGAUUGAGGAAGUGACGGGCAUGCCCAUUGGAGAGAACUUCCAGAAGGGCCUAAAGGAUGGUGUCAUCCUCUGCGAAUUGAUUAAUAAACUACAGCCAGGCUCCAUAAAGAAGAUAAACCAUUCAAAGCUAAACUGGCACAAGUUGGAGAACCUUGGGAAUUUCAUCAAAGCAAUUCUGGCAUAUGGCCUGAAGCCCAAUGACAUCUUUGAAGCUAACGACCUCUUUGAAAGUGGGAACUUGACUCAGGUCCAGACCACACUCCUCGCCCUGGCAAGCAUGGGGAAGACCAAAGGUAUGGACACUAAGAUCGACAUUGGCGUGAAGUACGCAGACAAGCAGGCACGACAUUUUAAUGAAGAUAAGAUGAAGGCUGGCCAGUGUGUCAUCGGACUACAGAUGGGGACUAACAAGUGUGCUAGCCAGGCUGGGAUGACUGCUUACGGGACACGCAGACACCUUUAUGACCCAAAAACACAGACUGAAAAACCCUUUGACCAGACCACCAUCAGCCUGCAGAUGGGGACCAAUAAAGGAGCCAGCCAGGCUGGCAUGGCAGCCCCAGGCACGCGGAGGGACAUCUUCGACCAGAAGGCAGCGCUCCAGCCGGCAGACUCCUCCACCAUUUCUCUCCAGAUGGGCACAAACAAGGUGGCCUCCCAGAAGGGCAUGAGCGUCUACGGGCUGGGCCGGCAGGUGUACGACCCCAAAUACUGCGCCACAGCUGCGGACCCCGUCAUCCACGCCAACGGCAGCCAGGGAACUGGCACCAACGGCUCGGAGAUCAGCGACAGUGACUAUCACGCCGAGUACCCUGAGGAGUACCAGGGAGACUACCAUGACGAAUACAGCGGCCAUUACAACGACCAGGCCAUCGACUAUUAGGCAAUACCUGCAACCACGACGUAGUCAGCAGUGUUAAACAUGUAUGUUCAUUUUUUAAUCAUUUUUUAAAAAUUGGUAGGGCAGAGCCUUUUGCUAUUCCUCCAACCCUUCCUUUUUGUAAUUGAUACCUCAGAGAAAAUAUUUUCCGGUUUCUUUAUGGGGUUUCUCUUAAACAGCAGUAUUUUUUCAAUCACUUGUAAUAUAAUAUGCUAUUCUUAGAAUCUGUGUCUUCAGUUGAAGAAUGCUCCCUCUUUAUCCAUUCAAAACCUUUUUGCGAAGUAGAAUACAGCAAAAUGCUGGCUGCCCGUUUCAGAGACUGCUAAACGUUGUUCUCAUACUCAAUCCAAGAUUUUUGCAUUUUGUUCGGACUUCUCCAUUGUUAAAGGAAGGGAUGCUGAAGUACACUGGUCCCAGCUCACACCUGUGACUGUCUAAUAUUCUCUUUGUCCCACCACCUUUAACUAUCUACAUUAUUAAUGGUUUAAUUUUUUUAAAUGAUCAACCGGAACCACAUUUAUGGCUAAGAGACGUAAUGGGAGGGAAAUCUAUAUUUGGCUUUCUCUUUUGUCCUUGCUUUGAUUUGAAAGCACUGAAAUGUUGCUGUUUUCUGAGAUGUGUGUAAAUGUGUUCUUUAUAUUCUAUUUUGUUAUGACCAGCCUCCUUUAUUAGUUUGUUCGACUGCUUUUGUUGCAUCAGUUUAUUGUGCCAUCACAUUCCCCGUUCUCUAGUCACCCUUGUAUUUUAGAAUUUCCCCUCCCCUGUAUUUAUUUCCAUGGCUCAAUAUACACCCCACAGUUGUAUGUUUUUUUGUAUAAAUACAUUUUAUGUUGUAUAAAGACCAUUUCUUUGUCUCAUGUUUUUCAGUUGGUUAAUACAAUUACAUCACAUUA